UAUGUCUCUUUCAGUGAAACAGAAGUUGUUCUGUAAGUCUUUUGUUCGUUCAGACUAACACACAUAUUUAUAGUCAUGGCUGAGAGGAGACGGCACCAGUGGCUCUUCUUCGCACCACAAGAGAAAGAGACAUGGAAGGAAAGCUGGGAUUGUCUCGGUGCUAUCGCCUCUUGAAGUCAGGUUGUGUCAUCCUCUUCAGAGCCGUGUGACGCAGAGAGUUUGUUAUGGAGGAUGUGAAGCCUGAGGGCUGGCGGCAGCUACUUCAGUCCCAUGGUGCAGCUGGUAAAAACAGCACGAGUCUCCUUCGCAGGUCCUCAUCAUGGAGGAGACCUGGAGAACAGGGUUAUUACGAGGGCCCUGCGGUGCAGGUGAAUGAGCCCCUUCGCAGAGCUCGUCCACUGAGCUGCAUAGAGGGUGGCAGGACAGACAAAUGGCUUCAGACGCUGGAGAGACUCCAAUCACGUCGACUUCAGAACCAAAUACCUCAGUUUGUGGACGGGACGGUCUCGAUGCCGGUUCUCACAAAUGAGACGGCGAGAAGUAACCCUCUGUGUCCUGAUGAUUCCUCUCUCUGCAGGAGGAGUCAGACCUCUAGCGUCUGUCCCAGUGUGUGUGAACGCUCCUCGAGCAGCCUGGAGUCUGUUCACAUUAAAGCUGCUCCCGCUGGAGAAAGAGCUCAGUUCUGCACUCUCGCUCCGGUUCGCUUCGGCUGGUUACCCAUACAAAGACAUGUGAUGCUGACAGACAUCUCUAACAACAACAGGUGCCAGAAACUGAAGUCUCCCAUCACUCCAGUGUUGCUCCGCACUUCUGCCAAACUUAUAGGACCAAGACCAAAUGACAGGGAAGCUGCGAGGCCUGAACCUGUUGGCUUCAGAUACUGGAGGACACCUGAAAACACACCCUCCGUCCUCCGUCAGGCUCCAGGAUCUGUGAGCUCCGAGGGAGGACAAAAUGGACCACAAGCCAGGGAUCCGAAAGCCGAGAUGGACACUGGCCAUGCUGGACCUCAUCCCGUGUUGAGAGAUCCCACACGCAGGCGUGGAAGUGCACCGGACUCCUCCAGCUCCUCAAUAUCAUCCAUCACUAUCACUUCCAGGAAGGUCACACAGAUUUCCAAGCCUUUGUGUCCGACGAUGAAUGACCUCGCCGGUGGACGAAGAAAAGCCUUAGUGGUCAAAGUCAUCGAACAGAGGACGAAAAGCACCUCCAGCCGGCCCAUCGUCUCGACCUCUGGCUCUGAUCAUGAAGAGAUCGACCACGGCGUGGUACUGAGGAGAAAGGCAACCAUUGUGAAAAUGACCGAACAGAGAGAGCGUUUCAGUCCAGCACAAUACAGACACAGCUACACUGAAGGAAUCAACCAAGCCCAGUUAACCGAUGAGUCUAAAGUCAAUCCCUCACCAUUAAACCAAACCCUCACUAUAUCUUUAAAGCCAGGAGCCAGGUCCCAGCACAGAUCUAGCCUGUCUCUAUGCCUUAACAACCUAAAUACUAGCAGCACAGCAGGGGAGAAAAACACCCCAAAAUACAAGCCACCUCGAAGGCCUCUCAGCUGCGACGCAAGCUUGUUUAACAGCACUGAAGCAGUUACACAUCCAGCGUUUCACAACAAGAUCUCUCCUGCUUCCCAGAAGACAAAUAUUGACCUUGUUAGUUCCAGCAGCAGCGAAGCAAGAAGAUGCUCAGCCUCCAGUGGAGAGGACGGGAGAGCAAGGAAAGAGGGAUUGGAGCGGGAUCGAAAGGAACCGAUUGCAGCAAUCAAACCUCUCACGCUACUAAAAGCAGCAGAUAACUCGGCUGAUCUGAGCGCAGACGCCGUCCUGGCCCUGAACGCCGCUGCGGUUAUCGCCAACAUAAAGCUACGGGCCCAGCAGAAACCAACUACAUCCCACACAGCAACAGCAGUGAGUUUAACAGAGGUUAGAGGGCAAAGUGAACACAGAGAGCUCAAAGAAGAGGCUGCUGGUGCUAAUGGAAAGGACAAAACAUGUCCAGAAGAACAAUGUGUGGAUUUUGUCCCAUUUGAGUCCGAGAAUGACCUCAGUGAAACUGCUUUGGCUCCACUGUCUCUUAGCGAGGCUUUAGCGAUCAGACGGCCUGGUUUCAUCCAGCGCUCGCAGGCCAGAGUUCGAGCCCUGGAGAGGAGGCCACAGGAGAGGCAGACACCUGAGAGCGGAGAAUGCCUUGUGAAAUCCAAGGACAGGAGCAUCAUGGGAAAGAGUCUACAGCUGUGGUCCAGGAGGAGUUAUAACCAGCUCCCCGAAGUGAAGAAGAGGAGAGAGGAAGAAAAGAGGAGAAAAGAAGAAGAGAAAAGAAAACUGGCCUCUCGGACCAACAGGCUUCGGGCAGAGCUCUUUAAAAAGAAACUUCUGGAGCAGAUUUUGCAGAGAGGAGGGAAUCACUGAUACAGCCUUGGACCCGUGUUUCUUCUCACUCCACAGUUCUCAUGCCGUCCCUUGAAAAACAUGAUUCAACAUUAGUUAGAAAUGAUAUAAAAUAGUUCCUUUCAGAUUGAAUGUGCCUUAAACAUGGACUGCAGCCUUAUUUCUGUGGCUCUGGAUUACAUCUUCUCUCUCUAUACAUACAAGACUGGUCAAAAGUUUGGAAUUAAAGUUUUUUAAUGUUAAACUAUUUGCUCAAAAUUACAGAAAAACAGUGAAACAUUACCUGGUCU